CCAAUUUUCCCAAUUUAUAAAUUUUCAAAGUAGAAAAUUGUACAAAUCAGUUGAUUUGUCAAAUUAAUUUCCAGUUGAAAUUUCACGUCAGUUCGUCAGAACCCUUUCAGAAAGUCCAAAACGAAUGUAAAGUUCCAAAUAAAUCAUAUCAGGGAUCGACCAGGAUCAUGAGCGAAACGGCAUAGGUGGAAGGGGCAAGCGUCGGCUUUGGAAAAAUCGUAAAAAGGCGGCUAACGAGAAGGCUGACACGCUCGUGUAAAAUGAAUUGAAGGUUCCUUUCGAUGGAGCACUGUUAGUUAUUCACAGAUGUUUCGAUUGGUUCGUCCACGGCUUUACACGCCUUCGCCUUCUUUGGGGCCGAUCGUAGGUCCGAGGAUGUUCAGGCACACGGCAAAAAUACCAUUUAGCCUGGCCAGGAAGCUACAACAGGUACAACUACAACAAAAUGUUGGUACACUUAGGUUUUACAGAACAUCGUCACAUAUGAGAUCAAAAGAACCUGGGAUGAAAGAAUGUCCAAAGGAUGGGUCUGGGAGAGCAUUUUAUUACACAUUGGGGAGCAUUGUUCUUGGUACUGGAGUCGUAAUAGCUUAUGCUAAAUAUGACGAUGAAUUUCGACAAUGGCUGAAACAAAACGUUCCCGGUUUUGAUGAAUUCAUAAAAUUUAUCAUGGCCGAGGAAACGACACAUGUUGAUUACGCAGUUCAACGCUUCAUUGCAUUGAAAGACGAAGUCAUCAGAGAUUUGGCUCAGCUAAUUGGCUCCAAGACUCAGGAAGAGAAAAAAAUCCCUGCUGCAAUAGCUGAUAAGAAAGAUGACGGAGAGAAAAAAAAGAAAAAAUAUAUACCUCCCUCAUCAGCUUUUGUUGCCAAUACAAGUGAGGAAAAAGAGAAAAAAUUUGAUGAAAAAAGAACUUCAAAGAUUGUGGGAAAAGAUGAAGAAAUUUCAACCGAUCCUGGUAGAAGUAGAUCGAAGGAAGCCAGGGGAGAUAUUGACCCAAAAAGUCUUGUUGAACUUGAAGCCAUGACAAACAUAGCAGCUUCAGAAGCUGUUGAAGCUUAUGGAAAUGCUAUUUGUUUUUUCCGAGAUCACAUCGAAGAGGUCGUUAAAGUUGUGGAGGAAUCGGUAGACAAAAAUGAUCCUAAAGUUUGGAAAGCGUUAAAGCAAAAGGGCCAGGACAGGGAAAAAGCUGUUAAAGAAGCAGAAGAAGCUGCUAAAAAAGCUAUGAAAAACAUUAACACUUUGAAGAAACGCAUUGAUGACCCGGAUUUACCUGGUGGGGCUGAAAUGCGGACCAAAGCAAAGAAAAACAUGGACAGAGUCUCAGCUCAAAUUGAAUUGGCGAAGUCAAAUUAUGAAAAGGAGAAAAAUUCUGCCACAGUUUCAGAUGCUUACUGGAAGAAAGUUUACCAAGCACGAUCGCAUUUUGCUGACGAGCUUGAGACUUUAUUCCCCAAUGUCUGUAUAAUGGAUAGAAACAUGAAACUGAGUGGAGGUGAAUUUGAUCUGUUCAUACUGUAUGCCUAUCAAAACAUCCUUUACUACCAGAAGGAAUUGAACAAACUCGAUACUGUUAGCCAAUUGAAGCUAAAAUCGGCCCUGGAAAAGAGUAAACUUGGCGAUCCCGAGGCCAUCGACGCGGCAAUUGAGGUCGAAUUGGAGAAAGAAAAACGGAAAAUCUGCCAGGAAUACCAAAAGAGAGUGUUGACGAUGAAGGCCGAAUGCGAGAAAGACAUGAGGAACCAGCUUCGCCUCCAAAACAACGCCGCGUCCGACCUUUUAGAAGAAGCCCUUGCGGCCAAAGAGAUCGAAAUAGAGAAAAAGAUGAAGAGGGACAUCGAGGAUAAACUGGCCGAAGAAAAGGUCAAGUACCAAGAGGAAAUGGCCGCGAUGAUCGGAAGGCUCAAAGGAAUGGACGACGCUCUAAGAAAAAGAGCAUGUCAAGAGAAGAGGGCCAAGCAGGCUCAAGCUCUUUGGACAGCAGCAGAGUCACUUCUGGCAGCGAUCGCUCCUCCUGUGCUCUGUGCACUUCCAUCAAAAGACGGCCAAGAAAAUGUUGACAACGAGAGGACUGGGCCGUUUAAGUCUCUUUCCAGCGAAAUCAAAGCCAUUAGGAACGUUACACGCAAUGAAGACGAAUUAGUGAACGCUGUUUUGGACUCGAUACCACUCGUAGCAGUUGAAAGAGGUGUUUUUCACGAAACCGCCCUCAGACAGAGGUUCCACAACGUGGUUAGAGUAGCGAAAAGGGUUGCUUUGCUCCCGGAAGGUGGUGCAUCCUUGCCGACCAUGUUCUUGGCGUAUCUGGCUUCGCUUUUCGUCAUAUCGCCCGCCAAUCCCAUUCCGUGCUACGAACUGAUGAACGAGCCGUUCGACAGCUCUGAGUUGAAUAAUUACGAAAUCCUCCAGAGGGCGCAAUAUUGGAUGGACAACGGUGAUUAUUUCCAAGUCCUUAGGUACAUGAAUUUGCUUCAAGGUGCAGCCCAGGUCAUAUCCAGGGAAUUCAUCAAAGAGCUGACCCUUUAUCUCGAAACGAAACAGGCAGGCGAAGUGCUCGCGACGUACGCCGCCGCCGCCGGCCUCCCCCAAUAACCGAAGCAUCUCACCCAUCCCAGUCAAACAGAUCUAAGAUAAGGACAAAGGAUCCCGAAUGGCAAGGUGCGAUACACAAUCCUCAAAAUCUAUUGUUGUUAAUGUCUCAUAAAACGUUCGUCUUGUUGCCGUUUUAAAUGUUGCGAACGAUGUUGGACAGCCCGAGGCCACAUCCGUAUAACAGUGAAAUUUAUUUUCUCGGCGUGUCAACUUAAAAGCCACAAAAAUAAAGUGUUUACUACAUGAUAA